AUGCCUGUCAAGUUGCUAUGGCCCUCAAAGGAACAGCGACAGCUUCUCAAGGCCUCCCAAAAUUCCCCUGGUGAGAAGGGCGACCUUGCCAAGAAGGGUCGCUGGUGGCGUCUUGAUGGGUGCCGGCUCAACCAAUUAAGUCAAUGCUAUUACUCAGCUACACGCGGCACGGUGCUAAGGUACCGCCAGCGAUGUGCGACCCGCGACCACUGCAAAGGUCCAAUCCCUCCGGUCAUGUCCCAGCCAAUCGGAGAGGUCCUCCUCAACAGCCUAACACUGCGUAGCGCGGGCGGGGACAGGGGGACAGAAGGACAAUGGACACCGAUUGGCGUGACAAAGCAAUUGACCAUCAAGUUGGAGGUCUACAUGCCAACCGAGAGUCAAUCAGUCUUCCCUUUCAUGCGAGCUAGCCGUACCUUCUCUAAUAGCCCUGGUUUCCAUCAACUCAUCACUUGUUUCACUUUCAGUCCCCCCGCCCUAACUUGUUUCCGAGAAAGAGUGGCACUUGAGGCUGGCUUAUCUCGCGGCAUUGCCUUCAUCAAGAUUUCCCAAAAGGUCACCUCCGGCACUCAGCCGUCAUCACCUCACCACCGGCCCACCUUGGACCGCCCAGGAGCCCCCAGAUACCCCUUUGCCUCAUAA